AUGAGGGUGUUUGAAUCGCUCAACUGCAUUGUCUGCAAGCAACCGUUUGCUCGAGUUGCCAAUCAACCUCGUUCUCCACGACCUUUGAAGUGUGGAUUGGCGAUGUGCAAUGAAUGUUUCGAGAAAGAGAAAGAAAUGGAUGAAGAAGAAAGGAAGCAUCAAUGUGGACUUAGUUAUUGUUUCAAGAAUCGCAAUUUUGCCUACUUUUUGAUUGACGUUUUGUCACAAGAAAGCGCUCUAGUGUUUACUCCAAUGGGAUAUGUCCUUCUGAAGCCUUUUGAAAUUCCGGAAUGUCCAGUUUGUCAGGAAGAAUUUUCGAACGAAAUCGAGGCAAAGAAAUCGUUUUCUCUUGAUUGCGGACACAUAAUUUGCACGGAUUUUCUGAAUGAGCUACCCGAAAUGACUCGACAAAUAGAAACAGUGGAGAAAGCUUUCAUGACUGUUGUAACAAAUGCUUUAACGGAUGCCGAAUAUAAUCAUAGCUGCAAUGAAUGUCACGAAAAGAAUAUUGUCGACAAGAUGUUCUACUGUGGCGAAUGCAGUUUUGAAAUUUGUGGUGCUUGUGCUUACAAGAAGCAUCAUCCACAUAAAGCCAUUCCGUUACUGGAGAAAAAGGCUAAUCAAAUGUCGAUGGAACUUCAACAAGAAUCAAAAAAUGUCAUCAACGCUUGCAAGGAUUUGUUUCCUGAAUUGCACAAGGGACUUCUCGAGGGCAUCAACGUCUUUGAAACGAAAUUCCUUUCGAAAGAAGAAAUUCUCAAGGACGCAUCAACUUUUGCCGAUUUACGGGAGAAACACGAGUCAUUUACAAAAAUAAAGUCCACGUUCGAAUCAUAUGCUGAGGAUUACUUACCUUGUUUACGCAAAUUCGACACUGGAGUUAACCAAUUGAUUCAAACUCUCAACGAGAUCCGUGAUGCC